AAAUAGCCUUCAAAGUUGCUUCAAAGUUCAAACGUAUGGCCGUUUGAAAUCUCCUUUGUGAAUUUGUCAACAAUCAUCAAUAGUUUAUUGUUAAUCAUAACUUUAUUUCACUUAUAAUUUUAUAUUUUAAGCUAGUUUAAAAUGACGUCGAUUAAAGAAGACGAAAAGAAAGAAAUUCCGGAAAUUAUCCACGAUCCCCAGACGAACUGCACCUAUCAGAGGUUACGAUUCUUUGGCAAGGGUGGCUUUGCUAAAUGUUAUGAGAUACAAGACAUAGCCACUAACCAAGUAUGGGCGGGGAAAAUAGUUUCCAAGAAACUGAUGGUGAAGUCAAGUCAGAAGGAGAAAAUGGCUCAGGAGAUAUCCAUCCACCGAUCGCUGCAGCACAAGCAUGUGGUUGGCUUCCACAGCUUCUUUGAAGACUCACUCAAUAUCUACAUCAUUCUUGAGUUGUGUAAGAGACGGUCAAUGAUGGAAUUGCACAAGAGAAGAAAAGCCAUCACGGAACCAGAGACAAGAUUCUAUAUGCACCAAAUACUCCUUGGAGUGCAGUACCUGCACAGCAAGCGUAUCAUCCACAGAGAUCUGAAGCUUGGGAACUUGUUCCUUGAUGAUGACCUCCAUGUCAAAAUAGGAGAUUUUGGACUUGCUGCUAGAAUCGAAUAUGAAGGGGAGAGGAAACAGACAUUAUGCGGCACACCAAAUUACAUAGCACCAGAGAUACUGACGAAGAAGGGACAUUCCUUCGAAGUGGACAUCUGGAGUCUGGGGUGCAUCAUGUAUACGCUGCUUGUUGGCAAGCCGCCAUUUGAGACUUCCACACUCAAGGAUACGUACAAGAGGAUCAAACAGUGUGAAUACAGGAUCCCAUCAUCACUGCGCAAGCCCGCGGCAUCGAUGAUUGUAUUGCAGUUGCAAUCGAACCCCGCGCGACGGCCGUCUGUUGAUAAGUUGCUGCAGCACGAGUUCUUCUCGUCCGGCAUCAUGCCCGCCGCACUCCCACUCUCCUGCCUCACUACGGCGCCCAGGACCGACCAGCUGGAGGGCAUCGCGCUGCACCGCCGACCACUCAACGAGGUUAACACUAAUGAUCACGUGGCGAUGGCCGUGGACUCGCCAGUGAAGCGCGAAGCGAUCCCCGCAGAACCGCGCGCAGUGGAACCGACUUCACACAGACAGAACCUGAUUGCACUUCGCGAUCAACUUGCCUCGUUGCUUGUUAGCAAGCUGAAAUGCCGUCCUGAGUGUCUAACGGAUGAAUUGAGCGAUCCUGCAGCCCAGCCGUUGGUGUGGGUGGGGAAAUGGGUGGAUUACAGCGACAAGUAUGGCUUCGGCUACCAGCUGUGCGAUGAGAGCGUCGGCGUUAUGUUCAACGACACCACCAAGCUCAUUAUGCUGGCUAAUGGACUGAAUGUGCACUACAUCAACCGGCAGGGCCAGGAACAGUAUAUGACGAUGCGCGAAUAUCCAACAGAACUUGACAAGAAGAUGAAACUUCUCACAUAUUUCAGAAGAUAUAUGACUGAGCAUCUUAUGAAAGCUGGUGCAUCAGUGCCAGUUAGAGAGAGUGAUGGACUGUCUCGAUUACCACAUUUGCACCAGUGGUUCAGGACCACCCUGGCAGUUAUCAUGUACCUGACUAAUGGAACACUUCAGAUAAACUUCCAAGACCACACAAAGAUCAUCCUGUGUCCACUGAUGCAAGCAGUCACCUACAUUGACGUGGAAAAGAACUUCAGAACAUUCCGCUUCAGCACAAUUGAGGAGCACGGCUGUGAUAAGAAGCUUUACACAAACCUAACAUAUGCACUGGAGAAACUAAACAGUGUACUAGCUAAUAAGCUCUGUUAGUCACGACACUUUGCCUACUUGGUACAUAAUAAUUAAUUAAAUGAAUUUAAUAUUUACCUAUACUUAAUUAGACAAUCUCGCGGGAGAUUAACGUUCUAUGUAUAGGGUUAGUACACUAGAGGUGAUUCUACGCCCAUUGUUUCAUUUGUUAGUUUAUUAGCAACAUACAUGAUUUUGUUAAAGUUUAUUUCGUCUCAAAAAUCAAUUUCAGUAAGUUUUUUUUUCUAAAGAAUUACUUUUAUGUCCACCGAUUUUAUCUCUAUUAUUAUUUAUUUAGUAUUCGUCUUACAAAAAAACUGUAAGCCUUGUUGAUGACGUGUCAACAUCAUACUGCCAAUCAUUGGAGAUUGUCCAUUUACUGUCAUCUUAGAUUUUUAUAAUAUCUAUAGAUAGAACAUGGAUGAAUUAAUAGUGAAUAUAAAAUAUACUCAAGUUCACUAUUCUCAUCUGUUCUGUAAACUUAGGUACUUAUCACAUGACAAACGUAUGGACAGCUCGUCGCGUUAGUGAUUGCCUUAGAUUUAAAGUUAAAUUUUAGUUGAACCUCUCUUGAUAUGUAUACCUAAUAUAGUUGAUUGAGAGCACCAUGACUGAGGGCUGCGGUGCGAGCGGGUUGCGUUUGGAGUUUUUUAUUUAGUUUUAUAGCAAUAUUUUUAUAACUUGUUUCUGUGCUUCAGUAACAUCGGAUAAUGCGUUAUUUGAUUUACUUAUAAUUACACCGACAAGACGAUGUCACUACACCAUUGAUUUAUUCUAAAUUAUGUCAUAACUCUUAUGAGCUGGAUAUGUGAAGCGUCAGUAUUAUUACAAAAUUCGAUGGUUUUGAAGCACUUGGUAAUUUGUAUAACACAAGUUUCUCUGAGGUCUGUUACCUCUCUCAUUGUAAUAUAAUAACAAUAACUAUUUGACAAUAAAGUUAUUAGGAAAAUAAAA